AUGUCGAGCAACUCCUCCCCUGUCAGCCAACAUCAGGCCAGCAACGCCCAGGAUUCUUUCGGACCGCAAGAUAUCGACAGCAACGUGUCGAGCGACUCUUCCCCUGCCAACCAGCAUCAGGUGGUGGUUGCUCUCCCUCAUAGGUCUCAUCCUGCGGUUCAGGCAGUCAUUACCGAAUUGAUCAACAACGGUGUCGAUUCUGCUGCCUCUCGUGCUGCUGCAAUUCACGCCUCCAGUAUAGCCCACCGCGAUUUAUCGAUAACUGCUGAGGUGCUGGUCGCACGACUGAACGACGUUGUAUCGAAUCUCGGUCAACAGAACUAUGACAGAUCCCAUCAGAACACACCCAACGCUAUCGCUCUUCGCUUGCUCGCACCGCCACCUGGCCCAAGCUACGACUAUGAGCAGCCCGUCACGUUAGUUCUGUUCUUGAGCAUCCCCGCAUGA